UUGGAGUGAGGUCUGUGCCUGCCGACGCGCCUCUCCUGUGCAGCCCCCCUCAAGAAGAGCUUUUUAUGAAAAGAAACCUUGGAAUUUUUUGAAAGGGAGAAGGAUCUGCAUAAUACCACUGAAGUGGAUAAAAGCGCACGGCUGGGUUCUUUUUGCGUUCUCUCUUGCGUUUUCUCCUCUGGUGUCUGAAUGAACCAGAGAGGCAGAUAUAUGGGGUUGAGGGACGGCGCAGGUUCUGGACUGGGAGUCGAUCUGUCAGUGGGAUUUUGAGUAAACACGCUUCCAAUGCGCUCGCCUUAACUUUUAUUUCUUCAGAAACUGGCGAGCUGUGCUCCGCUCUUCUUGCACCGCGGAGUUCGCUUUUCUCGGAACAAGGAGACUUUGGUGUUCCCCCCUCCAGAGAAACUGCUUAAACUUUCUACGUUAAAAAAUAAAUAAAUAAAAAGAUCGGAUUGCAUUUUCCCCCUUCAAACAUUUUUGAGGUGAUGUCAUCGUGCUGUGUUUUGGCAGGUAUUGUGUCGAGAGGGCGCAGGGAGGACUACAGCAGCCAGGCGGUAACCAGCGGCUGAGGAAAGCGGGGAAGUCCGGAAAAUCAGGUGCAAAGUGCGGCUGUCAUUUCCUCGCCGUGUCGCGGGUGGCUGAGUCCGCCACCCAGUCACAGCUGUUCCCAUCCUCUCCACGCACCCCUCCCUCUCUCGUCUUUCUUUCCUCUUCAUUAUCCCCUCCCAUUCUCAUUCAGCACUCUCCAUAUACCCCUCUGAGCUGGACCGCUCCGGGACCUUAUCACCCUCUCUGUCGAACACUGUCGGUCGGUGUCACCUGAGCCACAGACCAGUUGAGCCAGCGUUGGGGCGCAGACAUGACCGAGGCCGCCUUGAAUUAUCAUGCGCCUGCAGAGCCCCCUUUUCCAGGUCGCCGUUUCCUCCACCAGCCAGCCCAGGUAUCCCGCCUUCAGCAGCUUCUGACCCUGCUCUUCUGGGACUAAACUUGCCUCCUGCGACUGUCUGUGGCGGGACAACCACUCUUCCACCAUCUCACCAGCUACCUAAUUUUGGAGACCAGAAUCUUACUGCUGGGGUAAAACGUUACGCAUUGGAUUACGCAAAAUAUUACGCACGCGCAGCAUCUGUUCACGGGGCCAAGCAUCACUUUGAGGGUCAACAGGGUCGACUGGAAUUGGCUAUCUGUGAGCGGGAGCGCGCUUUCACCUGUUCCUCUCCUCGGGGACGCGCAGAGCCAGCGUUUAAAGUCCUAACCCGUUGCUCCCCCGCCCAUCCGUCCUUCCACUCGUCUGGACAGCUGUUAGAGGUUGCCCGGCGGUCACAGUGGCACAGUUACCCCGGCUUCACAGCCCACCUCGCCGGUGCCCGCAUAUUUACCCACGCCGGGGGAACCAGAGUACACCACCGCCGAUGCAAACAGGAGUGUUCGCUAUCUCUUUGACUCUGCACACCAUCCAUCGGAUUCAAAACACAGAGGUGAACUCACCGGACUGUCGGACUUGCUCAGACCGAGCGAGGAGACUGUCUUUGGGCCAAGUUCCAUAGUGGAGGGGGGAAGCAAUGUGGUCCCUUCUUUCCACGCUGACCGUCUUAUGUAUCCAGAUGUUGCUGGUGAUGUGCAAUCCAUUACAGCAGGUACUUGGUGUGGAUGGAGUCAACUUCAGUGUGCAUGUGGAGAACCAGACACAUGUGCGGGACACCAUGAGCCGGCGACACCACAGAGUCUACCAGCUCUACAGUCGCACUAGUGGCAAGCACGUCCAGGUGCUGGGACGCCGAAUCAGCGCCCGAGGAGAAGACGGAGACAAAUAUGCCCAGCUCGUAGUGGAGGCCGAUACCUUUGGUAGCCAGGUGAGAAUCCGAGGCAAAGAAACCAAUUUCUACCUGUGCAUGAACCGCCGUGGCAAGCUGGUAGGAAAGAAGGCCAGUAAUCGAAGUGCAGACUGCGUCUUUGUGGAAAAGGUUCUGGAAAACCACUACACAGCUCUGAUGUCGGCGCGCUACACGGGCUGGUAUGUUGGCUUCACUAAAAGAGGGCGUCCUCGCCGUGGCCCCCACACACUCCCCAACCAGCAAGACGUACACUUCAUGAAACGCUUUCCACCUGGGGAGCAGCCGGACCUCACCACCCCCUUCCGCUUCACCACUGUCAGCAAGCGUGGUAAGCGUGUGCGCGCUACUGGGCCCCGCUAGUAGUGGCUAACGCUAGCACCCACUGUCUUGUCAUCCAAAGCCUUGACCUGAGCCUGUCAAUGGCUAACCCAGUCAUCUCUUCUGUCACACACGACUGAACAUCUCCCUUUGUCAGGACAAACAUUGACCAGAAACUUGAUGAAUCAUUCAUGGGGUUUAGCUUUACACCUCCUAAUUUGCCACUACAGACCCCUAGCUAGUGAUCAUUCUUUUCAGUUUUAGUUCCCUGACUGGACCAAGUGGACCAUAACUGGUCCAAGGCUGGAAGCGUUUUGGACCUGGCCUGCAUCCUUUUAUAAUCCAGAAGGAUAGCCAGAGUCCCAGGCUCUACAAAGGCCAGAGUCAGAGUCCCAGGCUCUACAAAGGCCUUCAUUCCACAACCACAAAAACCACAGGGCCUUUGUGUCUCCUGUUCUAGACCGGCUGGACAAUGUCAAGUAUGGGAUUACAACUGGACCAUACACAGGGAACAAGGGUGGGAAAGACUGACCGAACAAGAAAGUGGGUGCUUAGCCAAUGGAUAAAGGGAAAGCAGGAAGGAGAAGACAGGAAAAUGGCGGAUUGGACAAAGGGAUAGAGUGAUCUCCACAGAUCAAAUGGACCAAUAAUGGAUUGUUGACAUGUGACGCACUUAUUUGUCUCACUGCUAAAUUGGUGGGCACCUGUGAGAGUGUUGGAUGAAUGGAAGAAUGCUUGAUAAAAAGGAUGCGUGAGAGAAUGAUCGAGAAAGUGAUUUACUGAAUAAUGUCUGUACGUUAAAGUGUGCGUGUUUAUGUGUGAGUGUGAGUGCAACAACCAUGAGUGAAGCUGGAUCACGAGGGACUCUGGAAAGGGACCAUAUAGUCCCUGCAUGAACCCGUGACAACUCACCGCAGGGACUGAAGCUUUAGGAACUGGAAUGUAUAAAAACCAAGCUGCACCAAAAACAGUCAACCAAUAACAGCAAACCAAACCAACGACCAACCAAAGACAACUGGAGACCUUCUUCAUGACUCCUCCUUGUGCCAUGUUCCCCCAAGGACACUACACCCUCAGCUUUUAGGUGCACAGGGCGAUGAGUGCAGGGCCGAUCCCAGCGGGGAGGGUGCCUUCUCUAUUAGCAUUGCUAUAGAAACGACCCAGGGGAUGAUGCUCCCGUGCGAAACCGUGGAUACAGAAUGCUGCUACGAGAACAUUCAGUGAAACAAACCAAAGUCUCAUGCAUACACACAGGAGAAAAAAAUAUUAAAGGGAACAAUUUAUUGAAAGUUAUAUAUAUAUAUAUUAUAUAUAUAAAAGAAGACAGAAACACUAAAUAAGCAAUCUUACUAUGAUGGUUACUAUAAUUAUUACGAUAAAAUUAUUUCAUUUAUUUAUUUCAGCUCUGUGUGCAGCAGUCUUUCUCGACUCAGUAAACCUUACAGAAACAUUUCCUGUCUCCCGGCCUCUUUAAACUGCUUCUUCUCAUUCGCUCCUUUCUGUUGACGAAUUUGACGUGGUUGAUGAGAAUUUUUUUCAGCACAAUGUCAAACAUUUUUAUGUAAUAUGCAGAUUUGAUGUCUUUCUCUGUUUUAUAUCAUGCUGAAUUGAAUGUCUUUUGGUUUUUGUACUGCUGGAAGAAGAAAAAAAAACUUGAAGACAUCGCCUAGGCAUUAGGUUUGGGCAAUAUGAUGAUAUAUGAUAUAAUACAAUAUAAACUGGGUAACCAUCAGACACUGUACCAGUCUGUCCCUAUAUAAUCUCUGGCUGAAUUAGAUCUUAUUGGCAGCAUUGGGUUUGCAGGAUAUUUCCAUCGAUUCGCCUUCUAUUCUUUAAGCGUUUAAUUCACUGAAUGUUAUUUUUAUGCAUAACCAACUUUAGUGUUUCACAAUAUUUUUUAAAUAUUUUGAUAUAAAAUUCUACCACAGAACAUUUUAUCCAUAUUGCCCAGUCCUAAUUCUUUAUUUAUCUUUAAUUCUAGACAGAUAAAUUGAAUAUUUGGAAAAAUGCACCCACAGCUGACUUUAAAAAUGAUCAGAAAACCGACGAACAGGUCGGAAAAGGUCCUUUCCGUUUGUAGCCUAGAAGCCGAAUGUCACACAGAGGCAAAGACGUUGCUUUCUCCCUGCAACCAGGUGCGGGAGUUACCGCCAAGUUACGAAAUCUGCCAACAGCUCAUUGUACAAAAUAGCUAACGUUAUUUGACCGGCAGAUUUCUAAUAGAGGCAAGGUGGAAGCACUUAAAGGCCACGGCAGAAAAGAUUCUUACUCAGUGCAUUUCAGGCUCGAAAUGGCCUGCUGUAAAGUUUUAUCAUUAACGCACAGCACAAAGGAUCUGACAGAACAGUAGAUGUUAAACAUGCAGCAGUGAGAUAGAGUUUCAUGGUUGCUUCCCCUUCUCAUCUACCCUGAUCCUAUCCCCCCCCCCCCAUCCCUCCCCUUCCUUCCCUAUCCUAGCAGGAGGUCACUGAAGAGAUGUCACUGCCAAAUGACCCAAUCAUAUCAGCAGACACAAACAGCUGACUCAGGGGGGGAAAGGGUUGUACCAAAGGAUUCCUAUUGCAAGGCAACAGGAAUCCGUGCAGGAGGGGGGUGGUAUAAGGAGGAGACAGUGAGGUGGGAGGGAAACUGGGUGUGGGGGUUGGAUAAAGAAGAGCGAGUAGCGGGUGGCGGCGGCGGCGGCAGCAGUGGUGGUGGGGUGAGCUGUUCAUUUCUGGAACGUUGCUCCAGUUCCACUCGGGAAUGAUGGAAAUAUUCUGUGUAGCCAAACCCAGAGUGGAAGGUGUAUGGUAAUCAUGUCGGGGAAGGAAUGCCAAAUAUGUGCGUGAGAACGGAGCUGUGACCUGAGAGCUGCAGGAAUUAUGGGCCAAAAUCCCACAGACCCAGAGGAAGCACACACACCCAUAUCCAACACAUACACACAUCAUAUAUUAAUGGUGCUCCACCAAGCACAGAUCAUCCCACAGAACGUAUUCCCAGAAUUUGAAACAUUCUACUAUACUGAACUAAACCCAGAAAUGUAGAAAACCAGCCCUCUCAGCAGGCCACCUCCCCUCCUUCUACACACUGCUCAAUAACUUGACAAAUGUGUUACUACACUACACAGGGCUUCGCUAAAAAUGCACCACUUUAGGCAUCUGAAAUACACAUCCCUCCUUCACAGUUGUAGUGUUUACAAGACUGGGUAUGUGAUCUGCUGUAACAGGUUGUUUAGACUCCAAACUACCCAAUAGGCAGAGACCAAGUCUCAUAAACAGACUGCGUUGGAGAAAGGUGAGUACAUAGCCCCACCAAGUGGCCAUACACCGUCACCAUACGAGGAGGUUGCCCCAGUAAGUCUCUUUACAUGAGCACAUUAUGCUUGUUAAAAACAUUUCUUCCCACUGGUAAUACAGAGGUCAAAGUCUCCGGUAAAUAUGUACCGUAGCUAAAAAAUAAUAAUAAUAAAAAAAAGAAAAUAAUGACCAAUAUUUGUCCAGACUGAAUUCUAACUGGCCAUUAGUUUAAGAAAACAUACGCACAGUAAUUCACUUGUACUCGCUAAAUUAAUACCUUCUUUUAACUCAUCAAUUAAUCAGGCCUGAAACAUGAUUCAAGUAGCAGCAGUAUAAUUUUUUUUUUACAUUUUGAUUUAUGUCGGAAAAAAAAUAAAAUCUUUCAGGAGAUGUGAGGGGUUUUCCGUCAUCCAGGUCACAGUAUUCCCCACAGCAGAGCUAAAACAAAAACCAAACACAAAAAAAAAAAAAAAAAAAGACAACCGGACUCAAAGGUUCGGGUCUGAUGCUCAAUCACCCCUGAAAGUUGUCUGGUGAGACGUAAAGGAAUCUGCCUACAUAAGCGCUGCAGUCCGCAUGCAUGUACUGAUCACAGAUUAUGUACAUGCUAUAGCCAGUUUGAAGCCUUUUCAUGACGCAGUAAUCGACUGUAUUGCAUCACUCGGUCGAAUCAGAAAUCAGAAUACAGUCACUGUGCAAGAUUGUCUGAAGUACAAAGGAAAAAGACAACGUGCUUACCACAUGUUGUCGCAUGUACAUGUCAUAUCAAAAGGCAGCGCGACACAAAUCCACCCACACAUGCACGCAGACAAGAACAGAUAGACAAUUAGACACUCAUUCACGUUAUAGUUGGCUCAACACUCCACCACUGUCAAGUACUUUAUUCACAAUAAGGUCAUUUUUCUUCUUUAAAAAAUCAUUUUUAAUAUACAACACAAUUUUUGACAAGACGACUCCGUUUACAGCUAAAUUUGAGCUCUUGAAUUCCAGCUUCUCUCAUAACCAAAGCAAGCACGUAGAUGUGGGAGAGAAAGAUGCCGUGAAAGGGGACAGAUGGACAAGGGUCGAAGUUAGAAGAAAGAAUGAGGAAAAAAGACAGUGAGAGUCAGAGAGAGAGAGAGAGAGAGAGAGGAGGGAAAGAGAAAGAG